AUAUGUUUUCAGUCUAAACGUGAGGAUCGUCUAAAAGUGUGGGAAGUGGUCUUAUAAAGAACUCCUGUAUUUCCGGAAAACCUUAUUUUAAAUCUUAUGCAGGUGCAGGACGGGAGUAAUCUGAUCACUGGAAGUGCUGCGUUUAUUCCCUCCAGCCUGCAGGGAUGACGGCGGUCCAGGUCCGGGUCGUGGUGGUGGGCGCCGGCGUGGUGGGCCUCUCCACCGCCGUCUGCAUCGCCGAGGCCCUGCCCUCCUGCUCCGUCACCCUGGUGGCCGACAAGUUCAGCCCGGACACCACCAGCGACGGCGCCGCCGGGAUCCUGUUCGCCGCAGAGUUUCCAGACAUCCCCCUGGAGCGGCAGCGGCGCUGGUUCCAGGACAGCUUCCAUCACCUGCUGGCCGUGGCCCAGUCCCCUCACGCCCCCGACGCCGGGGUCAUGCUGAGCUCCGGUUGGCAGAUUUUCAGGGAGGUUCCGGAGAAGAAGGAGCCCUUCUGGUCCGACUGCGUGAUCGGGUUUCGGACCAUGACCGACGGGGAGCUGAGACGCUUCCCGGACCACAAGUUUGGCCAGGCGUUCACCACGCUGAAAUGUGAAUGUUCCAGCUACCUGCCGUGGCUGGAGAAGAGGUUUUGUGCAGCGGGCGGCCGGGUGGAGCGGAGGAGAGUCAGCAGCCUGCAGGAGCUGACCCCCGGGUUCGACGUGAUCGUGAACUGCUCGGGUCUGGGGUCCAGAGCGCUGGUGGGCGACGCGGGGCUGACGCCGACCCGGGGCCAGGUCCUGCAGCUGCACGCCCCCUGGCUGAAGCACUUCAUCCGGGACGGGGACGGCCGCACCUACAUCUACCCGGGCGUGAGCAGCGUGACGGUGGGCGGGACGCGGCAGGACGGAGACUGGCGGCUGCAGCUGGACGAGGGCGACGCCCGCGGCAUCCUGGAGCGCUGCGGCCGGCUGGAGCCGUCGCUGAGCCGGGCCCGGGUCCUGGGCCAGUGGGUCGGCCUCAGGCCCGGCCGGAGGAACCCGCGGGUGGAGCGGGAGCUGGUGCAGCUCGGGGGCCGGCCGGUGCCCGUGGUGCACAACUACGGCCACGGCGGCUGGGGCGUCACGCUGGCCUGGGGCACGGCGCUGGACGCCCUGGCGCUGGUCCGGGACGGGCUCCGGGAGACGGCCCCGCGGGCCAAACUGUAAGACUAAGGGCCAAUCCCAAUACACCCCCUACUUUCUACCACUAGCCCAGGGAUCGGCAACCCGCGGCUGUAGAGCUGCAUGUAGCUCUUUAGCGUCGCCCUGGUGGCUCCUGGAGCUUUUUCAAAAAUG